GUCCACACGCCUUCAGCGCACCAGCGGAGGAGGUGUUCCUGGUGGCCAUCUUUGAUGCGCGAAGUGAUUGUUUGGCGAAUAGAAAUAAUAGGAAAUAAAAAUAUAGCGUAAAAAGUUGGAAAAUUGCGCCGGAGCCGAAAGGAAUAUUAAGAGGAAGAGUGAAACUCGAGGAAAUAAGUAAAAGAAGGCAUGAAGAAAACAUCAUAGUCGAGACGUCAUGGCUGAUAAAAGGAAACUUCAAGGUGAAAUAGACAGAUGUUUAAAGAAAGUUGCAGAAGGUGUAGAGCAGUUUGAAGACGUUUGGAAAAAGCUCCACAAUGCAGCCAAUGCCAACCAAAAAGAAAAAUAUGAAGCAGACCUCAAGAAAGAAAUAAAAAAAUUACAGCGGCUUCGAGACCAGAUUAAGACGUGGGUCGCCUCCAAUGAGAUCAAAGACAAAAAACAGCUAGUAGAAAACCGAAAACUCAUAGAAACGCAAAUGGAGCGUUUUAAAAUUGUAGAACGGGAGACCAAAACGAAAGCGUACUCUAAAGAGGGACUCGGUCUGGCUCAGAAAGUUGAUCCUGCACAAAAAGAGAAAGAAGAGAUCGGGCAGUGGCUAACGAGCAUGAUCGACACUUUGAACAUGCAAGUGGAUCAGUUUGAGAGUGAGGUAGAGUCACUGUCUGUCCAGACCAAGAAGAAAAAAGGAGAUAAAGAGAAGCAGGAUCGGAUCGAGGAGUUAAAACGAAUGAUCGAGCGGCACAGGUUUCACAUUCGCAUGCUCGAGACUAUCCUGAGAAUGCUGGACAACGAUUCGAUACAGGUGGACGCUAUCCGCAAGAUUAAAGACGAUGUAGAAUACUACCUUGAUUCUUCUCAGGACCCAGACUUUGAAGAGAACGAGUUCAUAUACGAUGACAUUGAUAUGGAGGAGAUAACCCAGCCAGUAGUGGCCACAUCUCCGCCAGGCAACAUGGACGAUGAACUUUUCCAACACUCCAGUUCUACGCCGACCUCCACGACAUCCUCUUCCCCCAUCCCUGUCUCACCAGCUACUUGCACUACGAAUUCGGAAGAUGAAAAGAAAAGAGGUCGUUCGACAGACAGCGAAAUUAGUCAGUCACCUGUCAAGAAUGGAAAUCCAUCUUCAUCGCUAUCCUCCUCAUCCUCAUUAUCGUCAUCCUCGGGAGCCUCUUCAAACUCUUCGAUCUCAAUGGCAACCAUCACCAGCUGUGGAAGCUCAAUAUCAGGGGUCAACAUGGGAGUCUCUCCUCCAAACUCUAGCAGCUACAGUUCAGCAACCCAGCAACUAUCACAGCAAACCCAACAUCAGCACCAGCCCAAAACCCCCUCCCAGUCCAGCACAAGCUCAGCCUCCAUCAACAGUAUCUUACUCCCAACACCCAUCUCCACCUCACCGCCCACAACCAGCAUACCCAGCCCUCAAACGCCCAUCUCCCAAAGCCAACCUAUGUUGGGUUCCACCUCUGUUUUGGGCCUGGGAAAGGUUACAACAACAACGAGCGUUGCGAACCAGAUCCCCAGCCUGGCCCUUUCAGGGAUGCCGGCAUCCUUAAGCAGUAUGGCUGGGUUUUUGAGCGGAUCUACACCUUACGCGCAAGCGGCAGCAGCGGGUUCAGUUAGCGGUGGGCUGUCGGGGUCUCUCGGAUCGAAUGUUAGUAGCUCCAGCUCCAGUGGACUUGUAACCUCAUUGGGCCCCAAUGGAAGUCUGGGAUCCACAAACCUCUUGGGCUCAGGGUCUGGUGUUUUCGGUCUCGGGUCGACACAGUCUGUUGUGGAGCCUCUGGUGGGUCUUAGCCCUGUGGGAGGAGGACUGACACCAGGGAGCAAUAUUGGAGUAAUAGGAAGCAACAUAGGGACCUCUGGGACUACAAGCUCAUCGGCUAUGGGAAGUGGAGUGUUACCUCAGCCGCCUAGUGGACCGAAACAAAAUGGUGGUACAAGUUAUAGUGCCGUGGUAGCGGACAGCACGUCAGACUCAGCCCUCACCAGUGUCAGCCAAUCACAAAACAGCCAAUCCUCCUUAAAUUCCUCAACAAAUCAGCCUAAGGACAAUGGGUCCAGCCUUCUGGGGUUGAUGACUCUGCCGCCCAGCUCGCCCUCUCCAUCGUACAGUGAAAGUAAACCAGUUGGUGUAAGCCUGCUGAACGGUCCUCACUCCUAUACACAGGCUGCCGACACCAUCAAGCCUCAGGAGCCUCUGAGCUCUUUAAAAUCCAUGGCAGAGAGGGUUGCUCAUGGCUCAGGGUUAGAAGGAGAGCUGUCUGCACUACAUAUCACUAGUGAUAUCUUCCCCAGCUCUACGACUCCUUCGGGCACUCCUGCAGUUCCUCAGCUAGUUCUGACGGAGGUGAACAUCGCCCCUUCGUUGGGCGUGUGCCCACUGGGCCCCGUCCCCCUUUCCAAAGAGCAGCUCUACCAGCAAGCCAUGCAAGAGUCUGCCUGGACGCACAUGCCUCGCCCGUCUGAUUCAGAGAGGAUCAGGCAGUACCUGAUGAGGAACCCCUGCCCAACACUGCCUUUCCACCACCAGGUGCCACCUUCUCAUUCUGACACUGUGGAGUUUUACCAGAGACUGUCUACAGAAACCCUCUUCUUCAUCUUUUACUAUUUAGAGGGUACCAAGGCACAGUAUCUAGCAGCAAAGGCCUUGAAGAAGCAGUCAUGGCGGUUUCACACAAAGUACAUGAUGUGGUUCCAGAGGCACGAGGAGCCUAAGACCAUCACGGAUGAGUUUGAGCAAGGGACAUACAUUUACUUCGACUAUGAGAAAUGGGGCCAGAGGAAGAAAGAAGGAUUUACAUUCGAGUAUAGAUAUCUCGAAGACCGAGACCUUCAGUGACAAACAGACAAACACCGAGAACGGAGGACUUCUGCCGACAUUCCGGACUGAAUCAACACGCAUAUACACACUCUCUUUCAUUCACUAAAGUGGAGACCCAGAUGAAUGUGCGGGGCUGUUUUAUGUCUCGCUGGUGCAAAAAGCAUCUGGGGCUCCAAUCGUCCCCUUUGACGUGCCACUCCCUUUGUGACCCCGCCCCCUAAUUCCAUUAGACCUGACAGCAUUGAAUCUCAUCUUCUCACACCAACCUUAGGUCCUGCAAUUUUAUGGAGCAUUAUUGCACCAAAGAAAAUAUUUGAAGUAGCAGCAAGAUUACAAAAUACACACACAGGUCUGCAGAAUUUAUUAAAAAGCCGUAAAAGCAUUUUCUGAGCUACAGUAAGAGUUGAAGUGAACAUCAGCUUAAAUUCUUUGGCAUAACCGUUUUUUUUUUGCCAUGCAGACAUGCCCAAAAAAGCGCAGGAUUUAAUUCAUACAUAUGCGCUUUGCAUUACAUGCCCUGUGUUUUAUUAGUGAUAUUUCUAACUUUCCUACCACUGUGAUGAGAGACUUGAGCCCCAGCUAAAGCACAUAAAUGUGUUUAUAGCCAUUUACAAAUAGCAAAGAAACCAAGUCUCUCAGAAUUGGUGAGGUUGUGACAAGACUCUGUGAUCUGUGUUUAAUAAAUAUAUAAAUAGCUUUUUUUGGGCUAAGAAAGGGAAUUAACAAACGUGUAUAUUAUUAGGCUAAAUAUAUAUAUCAGUGUUGUCACAUUUUUCACUAGAACCCAAGAACGCAUAGAUUUCACACUUAACACCGUGUCUUACGACAUAUUCAGAAAUUUCCAGCGUUUCAUGCAAAAUAUUGUUCCUCGUUUUUGUUUGUGGUGUACGGAUUUGCAACCAGAGAUAAUUUAGUGCUGCUGAGCGGGAUGUGGCCAUUUGUUUUAAAAUUUUAAAUUCGUCAAAAUUAGAGGCAUUAAGCUCGUACAAAAUGCCCAUGCACACCACCUUGUUUUUAUUGCAACGUUUAUCUUUCACGAUGAGCGUGUGGAAGAGAGCAGAAAUGUGAAGUAUAUAUAUUUUUUUUCCUAACUGGAAAAGUGUUGUACAGAACGUUUGUUCUCCCCGAUUUCAUUUGAACGGCAUGAGAAAUUACACUCGUGAAGUGGACUGGAGUAAAUAAAACCAUUGCAAUGAAAGUAAAGACUGUAAAAUAUAAAUAAAAUAAUUACUUUUCAAAAAAA